AUGGGCGACAUUGUCAUCAAUGCGGACACCUUCUCUUAUCGCCUGUCUGCCCUCUACAACUCUUGGAAGGCCGACAAGCGAUCCGGAGAUGGAUCUUUUGGUGGCGCUGACAGCAUGUUCGUUCUGACCGGAAAGGCCGAUCAGGACACUCAGUAUACAAAGAGCAAUGCUUUGCACUUCUGGCUUCUGGGCUACGAGUUCCCCGCGACCCUGAUGGUCUUCACCACGGCGGUCAUGUACCUCGUCACCACAGAAAAGAAGGCUCGUCAUCUGCAGAACCUGAAGAAUGGCAAGAUCCCCCUCGAGAUUCUCACGGUCAAUACCAAAGAUCCCGAGUCCCGCACGAAGGCUUUUGAGAAAUGCAUCGAUGUCAUCAAGAGCGCAGGCAAGAAAGUCGGUGUUAUUCAAAAGUCUGAAGCUCACGGGCCUUUCGUCGACGAAUGGCUGAAAAUGUACGGCGACAUCUCGAAAGAGGUUGAAGAGGUUGAUAUUUCUGGUGCGCUAGCUACAGCUUUCGCCGUCAAGGACGAAACUGAACUGAGGGCGAUGCGAACUGCCGCGCAGGCAGCGAGCGCCAUGAUUUCCAAGUAUUGGGUUGAUGAGAUGUCUGAGGUCCUCGAUCAAGAAAAGAGAAUCACCCAUCGAGCUCUGGUGGAUAAGAUGACGAAAAAGAUCGAUGACACCAAAUUCUUCAAGGGAAUCUCAAAAAUCCCAAGUGAUUUCGACAACCAACAGUUGGACUGGGCAUACGGUCCGAUCGUACAGAGUGGGGGACAGUAUGAUCUUCGAUGGACAGCCCAACCGAACGACGAGAAUCUACAUUCUGGCUGCAUUGUCGCCGGUCUGGGUUUUCGGUACAAGACCUACUGCUCGAUUGUGGCCAGAACGUACCUGAUCGAUCCGAGCAAGUCGCAAACCGCAAAUUACAAGAUUCUUCUCUCCGCGCACGAAGCUGCGAUGAAGGAAAUUAAAGACGGAGUUGUCAUGAAAGAUGUGUACAACAAGGCUUUGGGCGUUGUCAAAGCCAAAAAGCCAGAACUCGAGAAGCAUUUUGGUAAAGACGUCGGAGCAGCUAUCGGCAUUGAAGUGCGUGACCCGAAGUUGGUUCUGAACGGCAAGAAUUCUCGAGUCCUUAAAGACGGUAUGACGGUGAGUGUCAGCACCAGUCUCUCUGAUCUCACCAACGACAAACCACAAGAUAAGAAGGGAGUUAGUUAUACUUUGGUUUUGACCGAUACCGUCCGUGUCACUCGAGGAGAGCCUGUGGUGUUUACCAAGGAAGCCUCCACAGAACUUGACUCUAUCGAAUUCUACUUUAAGGACGAUGAAGAAGAGGUAAAGCCGAAGCAGGAGAAGACCAAAAAGCCUGGAGCUGGUGCUAUUGCAGCAGCAAAUAUCAAGUCAUCCAGAUUACGUGGUGCAAGUCGACAAGACAAUGCCAAGGAAGAGGAAGAGUCUCGCCGACGAGAGCAUCAGAAGGAGCUUGCUCAAAAGAAACAGCGAGAAGGCCUCGAGAAAUAUGCCGAGGCUACCGGCGACAUGAAUGGCGAAAACGAGAAGAAAUUCAAGAAGUUCGAGUCGUAUAAGCGAGACGGUCAGCUCCCGUCACGGGUCAAGGACAUGAUCGUAUGGGUUGACCAUAAAGCAUCGACUGUCAUUCUCCCCAUCAUGGGCAGGCCUGUACCGUUCCAUAUCAACACCAUCAAGAACGUCAGCAAGUCUGAUGAAGGAGAAUAUACGCAUCUGAGAUUCAACUUUCUGUCCCCCGGUCAGGGUGUGGGACGUAAAGACGAUCAGCCAUUUGAAGAUCCUCAGGCGCAUUUCAUCCGAUCCCUUACCGUCAGGUCCAAAGACCAAGAUCGCUUGUCAGAGGUUUCAACCCAAAUCACCGAACUCCGCAAGGCUGCUGUGCGUCGCGAACAAGAGAAGAAAGAAAUGGAAGAUGUCGUCGAACAAGACAAGCUGAUCGAAAUCCGAAACCGUCGUCCCAUCAAGCUCACCGACGUCUAUCUGCGGCCUGCGCAAGACGGCAAGCGUGUUCCUGGAGAAGUGGAGAUCCACCAGAACGGUCUUCGAUAUCUGUCACCAUUGCGUAACGAUCAUGUUGACGUUGUUUUCUCCAAUGUCAAGCACUUGUUCUUCCAACCUUGUGUUGGUGAGUUGAUCGUCUUGAUCCAUGUCCAUCUCAAGAAUCCUAUCAUGGUUGGUAAGCGCAAGACCAAAGAUGUCCAGUUUUACAGAGAAGCCACCGAUAUGGCCUUUGACGAGACUGGAAAUCGCAAGCGCAAGCACCGUUUUGGUGACGAGGAAGAGUUUGAGCAAGAACAAGAAGAGAGACGGCGUCGGGCCGAACUCGAUAGAUUGUUCAAGAGCUUCGCCGAGAAGAUUUCUGAUGCUGCACGAGAAUACAACAUCGCAGUUGAUAUACCUUUCAGAGAGCUGAGCUUCAAUGGUGUCCCAUUCCGCAGCAAUGUGCUCAUGGCGCCUACCACAGAUGCUCUUGUCCAACUAACUGAACCACCAUUUACUGUGAUUACUCUUGAUGAAAUCGAGAUUGCUCAUCUCGAAAGAAUUCAGUUUGGCCUCAAGAACUUUGAUCUUGUGUUCGUCUACAAAGACUAUCACCGGCAACCAACACACAUCAAUACAAUUCCCGUCGAGUCGCUGGAUCGAGUACGAGAGUGGCUGGACAGUGUGGAUAUUGCCUUCACUGAAGGUCCUUUGAACUUGAAUUGGGGCACUAUCAUGAAGACCGUUACCACAGAUCCACAUGAAUUCUUCAAGGACGGUGGCUGGAGUUUCUUGAAUACUGACACCGAUUCGGAAGACGACGAAGAGUCGGAAGAAGAGAGUGCUUUCGAGAUGAGCGAUUCCGAGCUCGCAGCGAGUGAAUCAGAAAGUGAUGAGGACAGCGAUUUUGACGAAGAUGCAUCGGCUAGUGAUGACGAGGGAGAAGGGGAGAGCGAUUUGAGUGAGGAAGGAGAGGACUGGGAUGAAAUGGAGAAGAAGGCCAAGAAGGAAGAUCGUAGAGGAGGUGCCGAGGAGGAAGACAAGAGCAGAAAGCGGAAGAGGUGA